GAUUUCGAAUGGGCAAUCAGUCUAAAUCGGUUCAUGCUAAAAAUCGUCGGUUUGUGGCCGUCAGACAAUCGGGACUCGCGUCAAACUGUAGGACCAAAAUUUCAACGGCUGUGCAGUUUCAUCACAUUACUUUUCGUAAUCACGAUACCAAGCUUAAUAUCAUUGAUAAAAGCAUGUGGAGAUAUGGUAUUAAUGAUAGAUAAUAUGCAAUAUUGUCUACCUUUCUCGAUGACAAUUUUAAAAAUGUGCAUUAUUUGGUACAAACAAGAAGUUUUAGUCCUUUUAAUUGAUAUAAUUGAAAGAGAUUGGGUGAAAGUAAGAAUUAAAGAGGAACGAGACGUUAUGCUAAGGUGCGCUAGAAUUACACGAACGAUCGCUAUAUGCGGAUUGCUCAUGUUAAUUUUUGCAUUAAUCAUUGUGUUUGGUUUACCAUGUGUCGAAAUGACAAGAGGAUAUAUUACCAACUUAACUAACUCUGGGAAAUAUUUACCGAUACCAACAUACUACCUGCACGAUGUGACUAAGAGUCCGCAGUUUGAGCUGACACUACUGGCACAAAUAGUCGCGAUGUCCAUGGGUGGUAUAUGUUAUUCUGCGGUCGACAACUUGUUCGGACUAUUAGUUUUUCACGUAUGCGGUCAAUUAGAAAAUUUAUAUUUGCGGUUGAGACAUAUGAAGAAAUUUCCUAAUUAUGAUGAAAUUUUGAAAUAUAACGUCCAAGAUCACAUUUGUUUGAUCAGAUCUAUCAAAAUUAUUGAUGAUACUUUCAAUUUAAUGCUACUUGGUCUGGUAUUGUACUUUGCUAUAACAUUUUGCCUGCAAGGAUUUCUCAUAGUUAAUAGUUUUAAACAGAAAGACGAAUUAUCAAUUAUGCAAUUGAGUUGGUUUGUCGCAGCAACAGUAAUUACUUCUUUACAUAUGUGUCUUUAUUGUGCCGUCGGUGAAAUUCUAGUAAUACAGAAGACAUUCGACAACGUGAAAACUAAAAAAUAUCAUACCUUGCGAUUAUAGGAUAGUAGAUCUUAAUAACAAAACAAUUUUUUAUUGAUGCUAAAAAUAGUUUUAGGAAUAAGUGUUGCUCCUUGAAAUGAUAGAUUACAUUUACAUAGAUAGAUAGAUUUACAUUUCUAAGCGAAUACCAUCAAACCGAAAAGAGAUAGUUUAAACAAAUGUUUUUAAAUGGUAAUUGGAUUUAAACUGUACAAUGAUGUACCUAUAUGGAUUUUUAUAAAACAAUAUUUAAAAACAAUUACAUCGUUAAUGAUUCACUGAUAUACUUAGAACAAUAUUUGUCGCACUCUAAUUGUUGCUGCAUCGUUUGUAUCAUUUGUCAAUAAAUACACUAUCACGAUAUGGAUUGAACGAUACAAUAGCAUAUUAUAAGCAUAAUUCAGUAAAGUAUCGUCAUAACUCAUUGGUAUCAUAACUUUCAGUUCAAUUACUCGGUUGAGCA